AUGGCUGCUGCUCCUGCUGGUGCUGCUGCUAUCUCCAGUGACCUCAUUCCUUCUCUCCUAUCAGGUGUCCUCCUCCCCCCUCUCCAUCUUUAUUCCCUCUCCUGUCAGGUGACCUUCUUCCCCCUCUCCUAUCAGGUGACCUCCUUCCCCCUCUCCUAUCAGGUGACCUUCUUCCCCCUCUCCUAUCAGGUGACCUCCUUCCCCCUCUCCAUCUUUAUUCCCUCUCCUGUGACCUUCUUCCCCCUCUCCUAUCAGGUGAUCUCCUUCCCCCUCUCCUAUCAGGUGACCUCCUUCCCCCUCUCCUAUCAGGUGACCUCCUUCCCUCUCCUACAUGACCUCUACUCCAGACCUCUGCUCCAGACCUCUGCUCCAGACCUCUGCUCCAGACCUCUGCUCCAGACCUCUGCUCCAGACCUCUACUCCAGACCUCUACUCCAGACCUCUGCUCCAGACCUCUGCUCCAGACCUCUGCUCCAGACCUCUGCUCCAGACCUCUGCUCCAGACCUCUCCUCCAGACCUCUCCUCCAGACCUCUACUCCAAACCUCUGCUCCAGACCUCUACUCCAGACCUCUGCUCCAGACCUCUGCUCCAGACCUCUACUCCAGACCUCUGCUCCAGACCUCUGCUCCAGACCUCUACUCCCAGACCUCUACUCCCAGACCUCUACUCCCAGACCUCUACUCCAGACCUCUACUCCAGACCUCUGCUCCAGACCUCUGCUCCAGACCUCUGCUCCAGACCUCUACUCCAGACCUCUACUCCAGACCUCUACUCCAGACCUCUGCUCCAGACCUCUGCUCCAGACCUCUACUCCAGACCUCUGCUCCAGACCUCUGUGACAGCGACAGACGCGGACGGCGGCUCCUUCGGCUCCAUCAGUUACUCUCUGGGGUCAGGCAUAAACAGUGCUGUCCCCUCCCAGUUCUCUGUAGGGAAGGAGACAGGACAGAUCUGUACCAACGUUGCUCUGGACAGGGACCAGGGACCAACCAGCUACGACUUUACUGUCACCGCCGUGGACGGGGGCGGUCUGAAUUCCAUGGCCUAUGUCAGGGUUGACCUGCUGGACAUCAACGACAACAGACCAGUCUUCUACCCUGUGAGCUACGCCGUCAGCCUCAGCUCCCAGAGUGCACCUGGCACUUCUGUCGUCAAGGUUACGGCCCUUGACCCCGACACUGGGGAGAACGGGAGGGUCACGUACCAAACCGUCCCCAGGGGCAACUCCCCCUUCUUCACCCUCAACAAAGACACAGGUGUGAUCUCCCUGUCCCGGUCGCUGCACGGCAAGGCCAACACGGUGAUCCCCAUGGUGGUUUCAGCCCAGGACGGAGGGGGUCUGGCAGCACUGGUCAACGCCCGGGUCAACAUCAGUGUGGUGGCAGGCCUGGUGGCGCCCCCUGUGUUCGAACACAGCCAGUACAGCUUCACUGUGUCUGAAGACGUACUGCGAGGGACUGAGGUUGGCAUCGUAAAGGCCAUCGGCGUCCCCAGUAAGGACAUUCUGUACAGCAUCUCCUCUGGAGACCCUGCUGGCUACUUCACCGUGGACCCAGAGAGCGGAGCCCUGCGGACCAGCCUUCCCCUGGACCACGAGGCCCAGCCUUCUCUAACCCUGGAGCUCCAGGCUCGUAGCGGCAGCCCCCCUGCCUUCGGUCAGACCCACGUUCACAUCACAAUCCAGGACAUCAACGACAACACUCCUGUCUUCCUGCCCUCCUCUUCUGAGUCUCUCCUCCUCCCGGAGCACACAGAGAUGGGUACCAUGGUCUACCGCGUCCAGGCCCAAGACCGGGACUCCGGUAUCAAUGGCCAGGUGACCUUUGACCUUUCCUCCACCGCGACCUCAAGCGGAGGUCAAAGAACCUUUUCCAUGGAGCGCAGCACGGGGGAGAUCCGGCUGGUUGGCGAGCUGUCGUACGACGUAACGCCGCGCUAUGACCUGACGGUGACAGCUAAAGAUGGUGGCGCUCCCCAGCUGAGCUCUACCAUGAUGCUUGUGGUGCACGUCCAGGCGGAGAACGACCACGGUCCCGUGUUCGACACCCUGACCUAUCGCGUGGAGCUGAGGGAGAACACGCCGCUCAGCACACGCUUCCUACAGGUGCGAGCUCUGAGCCGGGACACCGCGGGUUCAGGGUCCUCCUCUCCACUGGCAUUCCACCUGAGACCUGACGGAGACGCAGCAGGGUUUGGCAUCGCAGUAGACAGCGGCUGGCUGUUUGUGAAGAGCGCCCUGGACAGAGAGGUGAAGGACAUGUACAUGUUGAUGGUUCUGGCCACGGCGGGCCACGGGCAGCUGAAGAAGACGGGCAGUGCCACGGUGAGGGUGUCGGUGACCGAUGAGAAUGACAACUCUCCCCGUCUGAUCCAGGCGAGGGCUUUCCUGGCCGUGAGAGAGAACCUUCCGGCGGGUUCAGGGUUCGGACGGGUGUUGGCUACGGACCGCGACACGGGCCUCAACGGCAGGCUCAGUUACAGACUCCUACACCCAGACAGACACUUCCAGAUCAACUCACACACAGGUGAGAUCAGUACCCGUGUAGGUCUGGACAGGGAGCAGCAGAGUAGUUACCAGGUGUUGUUGGUGGUUCAGGAUGGAGGUACUCCCCCACGCAGCGCUACAGGGACAGCCUUUAUCACCAUCCUGGAUGAGAACGACAACACUCCCUCCUUCAGACACAGCCAGCCUGGCAGAGGACUGACCAUGCAGGUGAUGGAGGGUCAGGCGUCAGGUCUACUGCUGGGGAAAGUACAGGCCAAUGACCCUGAUGAGGGAGAGAACGGCACUGUGUACUACUCCAUGUCAGGCCCCAGAGCAGAGCGUUUCUCUCUGAACCCUACUACAGGUGAACUGCGUUCCUCCUCUCCUCUGAGUCGCUCUGACAGAGCUGAGUACAGCUUCACUGUGACCGCCACUGACCGAGGCCAGCCAUCUCACAGCGCUACCUGUACACUACACAUACAGGUCCAGAGUGCGAGCAGAGCUCCUUCCAAAGACAACUCCCUCUCCAUGUCCUUCAACUCCGUCGAGGAGGCCAAACCAGGCUCUAUGAUUGGCUCUGUGAGGUCACAUGAUGGCUUUGAGCUCCCUGAGGCUGGUCAGGUGACCUACACGGUGGUGGGCGGGUCAGACCGAGACGGAACGUUCAUGGUGGACCGUCAGACAGGUGACGUGUACCUGGCGAGGGAGCUGGAUUACGAGCGCUCCGCCCGCUACACACUACAGAUAGAGGUGGACGACUUCUCCAUGACGUUACCCAGCAGCCACCUGGUGCAGCUGGACAUCGAGGUGGAGGACAGCAACGACCAUGGACCCCGCUUCCCGGAGGACCCCGUUACCGUGGUGAUACCUGAGAACAUGGAGCCUGGGGCGUCCAUCUACACCUUCCAGGCCUCGGACCAGGACGGAUCAGGGCCCAACAGCCUGCUGACCUACUCCAUCCUGCACCAGUACCCUGACCUCACUGACCUCCUGGCCCUUGACCCUUCCACUGGUGUCCUGACCCUGGCGCAGGAACUGGACCAUGAGGUCACUUCCUCCCUUAUCCUGGUCGUCCAGGCAACAGACUCCGCCCUGAACGCCAGCCAACGGCACUGGGGCUCGGUGACGGUGAGGGUGUUUGUGACAGAUGAGAAUGACAACGCUCCAGUGUUCAGCUCGCCAUCCGCGGUUAGCGUCAUGGAGGACCAGCCUGUGGGCUUCGUGGUUCUCUACGUCGUGGCGCGAGAUGCCGACCAGGGGGAGAACGGACGGGUCAGCUACUUCAUCGAGACUGGCAACGCUGGAGGGACAUUCAGCCUCAACCCUAAUACUGGUUCUCUCUCUAUCCUGAAGCCCAUCAACCGGGAGGAUCAGGACCUGUUGAACCUGACCAUCGUAGCCCAGGACCACGGGGUACCAGCGCUCUCAUCCAGCCAGCUGCUGUCUGUCCAGGUCAUCGACGUGAACGACGAGGUGCCCUGGUUCCAGGAGAACCAGUACCAAGCCCAGAUUACAGAGAACCAGCCCGCAGGAACCACUGUUCUGGUGGUGUCGGCCUCCGACCUGGACCAAGGUACCAACGGCCAGGUGACAUAUGGAGGCAUCUCUGACGAGGGUUUUAGCAUCCACCCAGCUACAGGUGUUAUAACCACCACUAAAGCCCUGGACAGAGAGGCACAGGAACAAUACACACUGACAGUGUAUGCCCGAGACGGUGGCGUGCCUCCUAACUUUGCCCGGGCGGCAGUGAAGAUCCAGGUGUUGGAUGAGAAUGACAACGCCCCAACGUUCAAUAGACUGUACUACAGUCUGGAGGUGCCUGAGAACAUGGAGGCUGUUGAGCUUUUCACCCUCAGAGCUACGGACCUGGACACUGGGGACAGCGGAGAGAUGACCUACAAGAUCACAACUGGCGACCCAUCAGGUGACUUCCGUGUGGACAGGAAGUCAGGUGUUCUCUCCACCUCCAGACCGCUGGACAGGGAACGUAGGGCCAGGUACAGUCUGACAGUGACAGCCCUUGACGGGGGCUCUCCGGCCCUGAGCAGCACGGCCACAGUAGAGGUCACUCUCCUGGAUGUCAACGACCACAGCCCCCAGUUCACCAGCCCCAGCUACACCGCUGACCUCUCUGAGGAUGUUUCUAUUGGCUCCCGGGUGCUGGAGGUCUCUGCUACUGACCUGGACCAAGGGUCUAACAGCCAGGUGCUGUACUUCCUGUCGCGCGGCUCCCAGGGCAUGUUCAUCAUUGACCAGCACACGGGACAUGUCAUCACCGCCGCUCCGCUCGACCGAGAACGAACCACGUUGUACACUUUCGAUGUCUGCGCCAUAGACUCGUCCCCCGCCAGCCCUCGCAACUCCACCGCCACGGUCACCGUGUAUGUACAGGACGUGAAUGACAACGCUCCAUUCUUCAUCCAGGAUCCCCUGGUCAUCAACAUCUCAGCCUCCAGUGUCUCCUCCCAUCGCGUCCUGGCCACCAUGCGGGCGGAGGACCGUGAUUUUGGGGCCAACGGCUCACUUUUCUACCGCUUCGCCAGCCCUGUCCGGGGCUUCACCAUCAACUCUCUGACCGGGGACAUCCAGGCUACAGAGAAGCUGCAGGGACUGACCCAGGGCCAGAGGACUCUGAUUGUAGAGGCUAUGGACCAGGGCAGCCCAGCCCAGUCCUCUCUAGGGGUGGUGGUCAUCUACAUCAGAGAACAGACCUACAGGGGGAUCCGCUUCUCACGCCACGCUAGAGACGUCAGCCUGCAAGAGAACGCCGCCAAAGGUACCGCUGUGGUGCAGACUCAGGCCCAGUACCCUGAUGGAUCCCGUAGUGGGAUCAGUUACAGCAUCUUCAGCGGCAACACCCUACACUCCUUUGGAAUCAGCUCCUCCACUGGUGAGAUCUGGGUACAGAGCUCCAUGGGGCUGGACUAUGAGGAGACCCCUAGACUCCGCCUAGUGGUGAAGGCUGAAACUGCAUCCUCCAGUUCCUUCAUGGCGGUCAACCUGAUCCUUCAGGACGUCAAUGACAACCUGCCGCGCUUCCAGCUGCAGAACUAUGUAGCCUACAUACGAGAGGCACAGGGAUAUAAUUUCCCUAUUAUACAGGUGGUGGCUGAUGACCUGGACCAGGGCCAGAAUGGUCAGGUGACCUACAGCCUGAGGUCGUCGUCUCUCAGCGGCCUGUUCAAGAUCGACCCGCUGACCGGAAGCAUCACCACCGCCGCUAUCAUGGACCGAGAGAUCUGGACACAAACCAAGCUGGUUGUUACGGCAACGGACCGGGGAACACCACGAUUGGCCGGCUCGGCGACCCUCACGGUGAUAAUCGUGGACCUCAAUGACAAUAGUCCUACAAUCCCCUUGCCGCGCGAGAUCAGAGUGCCAGAGAACACUCUGAUUGGCUCAGUAAUAACCCAGGUGACUGGAAACGACGUUGACUCAGGCCCAACCCUGUCUUACACCCUCCACCUGGACCCGUCCUCCCAGGGCGUGUUUGGGAUCCAUCGCUACGGGGGCGGGGUGUCUCUAACCGCCCCUCUGGACUACGAGGAGAGGACCUGGUACACGCUGACUGUCAGGGCUACUGACUCCAAACACCAGACUGAAGCUAACCUCACCAUACUGGUGGAGGAUGUCAAUGAUAACGCUCCUACUUUCACACAGGAUCUUUACCAGGUGAUUCUGGCAGAGCACUCCCCAGCUGGCAGUGCAGUUGUCACUGUGACAGCCACGGACCGCGACUCUGGAGAGAACGGCCGCGUCAUGUACAGAGUGAUGUCAUCAACCCGGGACAUUUUCUACAUCGACCCCAGCAAUGGUACCCUGUUCCUCACCCAGCAGGCAGAGUUUGACUCUGAGAACCCUUCUAUCCUGGUGGUAAUAGAGUCCAGAGACAUGGGAACACCAGCCCUCUCCUCCACCGCUACUGUACAGGUCCAGGUGACUGACGUCAACGACAACACGCCCGUCUUCCACCAAUCAGAGUACAGAGCCACGGUGUCGGAGGACGGCCUUCCGGGCGCCACCAUCCUGACCCUGGAGGCGGCCGACGGCGACGCGUCACGCGACAACUGCGGCUUCGACUUCACUAUAGCCAGCGGAAACGCAGGCAAUGCCUUCCAGAUCGAGAGCAGCGUACGCUUCCUGGAAGGACAGGGAUUCCAGACGGUAGGCAGCCUGGUAUUGACCGGUGAGGGGCUGGACUUUGAGGCGGUUUCCAGUUACAACCUGACCGUGGUCGUGUCAGACCGCGGCGUGCCCCAGAGGAGCUCGGCUGUCUCUGCGCUGAUCAGUGUGACGGAUACUAACGACAACCCUCCGGCGUUCAGCAGGGCAGAGUACAGUGUGGUGCUGAGUGAAGGAGCAGCCACAGGGACUGAGGUCCUCAGCCUGUCUGCAACAGACCCAGACUCCCCAGCCGUAGGGAAGGUGCAGUACCUGAUCAGCUCUGGGGAUGAGACGGGUAUGUUCCAGGUAGACCGCUGGACCGGAGCCCUGAGGCUGCAGAGACCACUGGACAGCGAGAGACAGGCAUCCCAUGUGAUCAUUGUGCAGGCGUCAGAUGGACAGGGUCACUAUGCGCUGGCUCCAGUCACUGUGGAGGUGAAGGACAUUAAUGACAACAGACCUUACUUCCCUCUGCCCAUCCUCACCGCCAGCGUCAGAGAGAACCAGCCUCACAACACCCUUGUCACCAUGCUGCACGCCAUCGACCAGGACACGGGAGUCUUCGGACAGCUGAGGUACUACAUGUUGGACAAGACUGGAGAGGGGAAAGACGCCUUCCUGGUCAACCAGACGUCAGGCGAAGUCCGGACUCGCUCCACCUUCGACUUUGAGAAGGUCAACUUGUUCAACUUUGUAGCUCUAGCCAUGGACGCAGGGAACUACUCUGCAACGGUGACCAUACAGGUGUACGUGAUGGGGGAGGAUGAGUACGACCCUGUGUUCUCCGACUUAGAGUUCUCCUUCCUGGUUCCUGAGGGGGCGAAGAAGGGCCAGAGCAUCGGUCAGGUGACAGCCAGAGACGAGGACGAGGGAGUGGACGGGAUUGUUCUGUACUCCCUAGCUGACCCCUCGCCCUACUUCCAGGUCAAUGCAUCAACGGGCGUGGUCUCCCUGAAGAUGGACAGCCACGUCCGACACCUGAGCAGGGCCAAGAGGGAGGUCCGUGUGAUGACCCUUGACCUGACGGCCCACAGCCCUCUGGAGACGUCCCGCGUGGCUACCGCCCGCCUCACCGUUGACGUGACAAACACAUCCUUCGGCCUGGUGUCGGACAUGAACCUGCUGCUGGUCAGUGUGAUCGCUGUGUCCCUGGGAGCCAUCCUCAUCCUCAUCUUCAUCGCCAUGGCUCUGUUCUGUGUGAGACUGAGACGUCAGAGGAAGGAGCAGCAGAGUCGCUGCAGACCUCCAGCCUCUCCCGGCCACGGCACCAUGCUACACAAACUAGAGGAGACUAAAGUCACCGGCACUGACCGGAACGACCGCAUCUACCAUCAGGCCUUACCAGGGUACGUUUCCGACCAAACAGGGAGUGGAGGGGGAGGGCCAUACCCCCGCGGGGGCUCCCUGGACCCAUCCCACUCCAGCGGGCGUGGCUCAGCGGAGGCGGCGGAGGACGAUGAGAUCCGGAUGAUCAACGAGUACCCUCGUGUCUCCUCCAUCUCUUCGUCCAUGCAGGAACACAUCUCAGCCCGCGGGCCAGACUCUGGUAUCCAGCAGGACGCUGACCAGCUGUCUGACGUCUCGUGUGAGCCCAACAUUGACGCCAACCAGUGGUUCAAGGCCAAGAAGCUGGCCAGUCUCAGUGGGACUCUGCUGGCUGGCCAGGUGCCUGUCUACAGGGAGGAUGGAGGAGGUUAUCUGGGGGUAGGGAGGGGGCUGAACAUCUCCCACCCUAAAGACUAUGCCUUCCCAGUGGAUGGUAAACCCGCUGUGGACGGCUCCCUCACAGCCAUAGUGGCCAGUGACGAGGAGCUGAGGGGCAGUUAUAACUGGGACUACCUGCUGAACUGGUGCCCACAGUUCCAGCCAUUAGCAAGCGUCUUCACGGAGAUAGCGAGGUUAAAGGAUGAGACGGACACUCCUAACCCUCGCAGACCUCUCCAGCACAAAGCCAAGGUGGACCCCAAACCCCCUCGCAUUGACCCCCCGCCGCUAAUCACCUCCGUAGCCCACCCCGGGGCGAAGACAGUCCCGGUCAAGCCUGCUCCUGUCAAGCCCUCUGUGGGGAGGUCUUCCUUCCCCCACCUGGCCUCCCUACGGAGGUCCCCCAUCAGUCACGAGGGCUCCCCCUCCUCAAUAGCCAUGUCCCCCAGCUUCUCCCCCUCCUUAUCCCCCCUGGCUGCCCGCUCCCCAGCCAUCAUACCCUUCGGGGUCACCCAGGGUCCCUCAGCCUCCAUGAUCAGCACCACUGAACACAGCAUGGAGCACAGUGAAGAGGCCGAGAUGAGGAUAUAGACUCUAUCGACUCACAGGUGAGGAUAUAGACUCUAUCGACUCACAGGUGAGGAUAUAGACUCU